CGCAUACAGUUGGCGUACAGUCAAUAGUAGAGACAAGUUUCAGUCACAGUUGAGCAUUUGUUUUGAGACGCGCACGCAAGCUACACUCUAAGCGUGUUUCCGUUCAACAUUCGUCAUCAAUUCAAUAGCUAAAUAAUACAAAAACAAAAAAGAGACGCAGACUUGCAUAAGUCAUUGGAUUUAUAAAUAAAACGAACUCUUGUGCGGAAAAGUAAAUAUAAACACAUAUAUAAUACUGAAAAUAAUAGAAAUUCUGAAAAAGUGUCUCUGUGUUUGUGAAAAGUUGCUAAGACAUCACUAAAGACGACCUGCAAGCUCGCAAUUCCAAAAAGUGUUUUGUUUAGUCUAAAGAGUUUCAAAUCAGCGUUAAAUAACAAAUUCAGCAAUUCAAAAUGUCUAAGCCACAGCCUAUGGAAAUGUCCAAUAUGGAUAUAGAUUUCCACGAACGUAAAGCAGAGCCCUUCAAAAUGAGCAAAUUUCUGUACAAUUCAGAGGAGGGUACUGUAAUGGGACGUGAUCGCGCCUCGUGGGCAAAGAUCGGUAUUUUCUACACAGCUUUCUAUGGUGUAUUGGCCGCGUUGGUGGCCAUUUGCAUGUGGGUGUUCUUUCAAACACUGGAUCCACGUAUACCCAAGUGGACAUUGCAUAAAUCCAUAAUUGGCACAAAUCCAGGUCUUGGUUUCCGUCCACUGCCACCAUCGGACAAUGUUGAGAGCACAUUGAUUUGGUACAAGGGUACGCAACAUGAGAACUACAAACACUGGACGGACUCGUUGGAUGAGUUCUUGGCAGUCUACAAAGUGCCUGGCCUAACACCGGGUCGUGGUCAGAACAUCUACAAUUGUGAUUACAAUCAACCGCCACCAAAGGGACAAGUUUGCGAUGUCGAUAUUAAAACAUGGGAUCCAUGCACCAAGGAAAACAAUUACAGCUAUCACAAGAGUUCACCAUGUGUUUUCUUGAAAUUGAAUAAAAUUUUUGGUUGGGAACCGGAGUAUUAUAAUAGCUCCAGCGACUUGCCCGAGAAUAUGCCAACCAGUUUGAAAACUUAUAUUGGUGAAAUUGAAGAGAAGCAAAGGCACAAGUUAAACACAAUUUGGGUCUCAUGCGAAGGCGAGAAUCCUGCUGAUCAAGAGAACGUCGGUCCGGUCAACUACUUGCCAAUUCGUGGCUUCCCCGGCUACUUCUAUCCUUAUCAGAAUUCCGAGGGUUAUCUUAGUCCACUCGUAGCUGUGCACUUCGAGCGGCCGAAGCGUGGCAUCAUCAUCAAUAUCGAAUGCAAAGCUUGGGCACGCAACAUUUUACACGAUCGCAAGGAGCGACUUGGCUCCGUGCACUUCGAGUUGCUGAUCGAUUAACAGAGUGUGGGGAAAAUGUUUGAUAUUUACAAUAACAACUAAAACAUUAAAGCGGCGCGCCGGCAAUUUGAAUGAAUGCCAUAACACGAGCAGCAUAGAUUUUUCAGCUAUAUUGUAUACACACAGAUACAAACAUACAAAACCUACAUACAAAAAGAGAAAAUUUAAAUCAACACAAAUUUAUUAUAUACCAAGGAGCUAUGCAGUCGAACGAUUAGCACUACAACAAUCCCACAUAUGUAUACAGACAGACCUACAUACAACACAACUAUGUACCAUUUAGUAUAAAGCAAUACGAGACAAUUUGUUGGGUUCUAUAGUUAUGUAAAUUGCUUGCUAAUCUUUUUUGUUCAUUUAAUUUAAUUUAAUUUAAAAAUUUCAUUUCUAUUAGUUUGUAUGAUGUCGUUGUUUAGCUUUUAAGCAGAUAAUAUAUAUAUAAAUAUGUAACUAUGUGUAAGUUGAAAAGCAAAAAGUGAACGAAUUAUAGUAAAAUAAUCAUUAAAUAAUACCAAAUGUAUGUAUUUUAGUACACUUUGCAAACAGUUUUAGAACCACUACAAACAUACAAAUAUACAUAGGUAUAUACACAGAAGUGUUUAUAUGCCACAAAUGUGAGAAUAACAACAACUGUGCAAAUAUUUGACAAUCUUUUUCCUCUUUUAGACAAAACGUACAGUCCUAAUCGUAUAUAUAGAUAUGUAACUGGCAAAUAUAUACAUACAGAAAAUUAAUACAAACUUACAAGGCAUUACUGUUCUGAAAGUAGAUACUUUAAUGGAGACCACUCAUCCAAAUGCACAGCCAAAGUAUAUUUCAAGACACACACCCACAAAAAGGUUGCAUAUUCUUGUAUUGUAUUUUAAGUUAACUGCCAUUCAUAAUUUCGCCACGCAUAAAAGUAUGCUAAAUAUAUUGACGAUUUACAUGCGAGAAAAAUAUUUCAUUUGUCAGGAAAUUUUAAGGGAAUUGCUAAGUGAAAAUUAUGAAAGUGCUGAAUAUGUUAAAAUUGGCGUGUUUAAAUAUAUCGUUUUGGACAUUUUUAAUAUUUACAAAAAUAAGCUGAUCCGAUUUUUUGCCUCGGGAUCUCGAAAUUAAUUUUCUGCACUACUUAGAUGAGUAUAAUGCACUUGGGACUCACGUAUAAACUAUUUGGCAGCGAUAAUUUUCUAAAUAAAAUUCUAUACACAAUUUCGGGAUCUCGAUAUGAAUUUUUAACUGAGGUCUUGCUCCUAAAAUUAUGCUAAAAAUGUAAUAUUUUUCCUUUUAAAUUUCGGGAUCUCGAUAUGAAUUUUUAACUGAGGUCUUACUGCUAAAAUUAUGCUAAAAAUUUAAUAUUUUUCAUUUUAAGUUUUCAGUGAUAAAAAGCGACGAGAUUUUGGUCUUUAAAUAUUUCGAGAUCCCAGAAUGAAUUUAAAAUUGUAGUCGUACUCUUGGAGAAAUAUUCAAAGUUUUAAAUUUUGAUUCUCAAUGUAAAGAAUGGACCAUUUCGGCUUUGAAAAUUUUUGGGAUCUCGAUAUGAAUUUGUAAUUGUGGUCGUACUCCUGAAGAUAGAUUCUAAAUUUUAUAUUUUGAUUCAUAGUGCAAAGAACGGACCAUUCACAUACGGUAGAGCGAUAAUUUUCAAAAUAAAAUGCUAUGAAAAAUUUCGGGAUCCCGAUAUGAAUUUCAUAAGUGAUCAGGCUCUUCAAAAUAGGCUGAAAAUUUUAAAUAUGAAUUUUAUAAAAUAUUCAGUAAUAAAAAGAGACGAAUUUAA